AUGGCAAAUUGUUCCCUUCCCCCACCUGGUAAUGUUCUGACUAGGUUGCUUUUCUGACAUAAAGGGGCUGCAGGGGUGUUUAUGGAGAGGGGGCUCAGGGGGGCCAGGGCACAUUCCCACACUUGUUUGUCCUGGAAAUUAUAAAUAGGGUUGACACAUAAAUUGUGUCCCAUAAAUAGGGACACAAAAACUUUUUUGGGGGGGACGACAAAGUUGUUGAGUGAGGGCAGGCCGUAAAUUUGUACAAUAUUAAUUAUUAAAUUCAAAAGGGAUCCAAACCCUACCAAAAAAAGCCUUCUGAACAUUUCAUUAAUAUUAUGGUGGGGGAAUAGCUGGAAGAUCACUGUUGAGGGCUCAGAGGCUCCUGGACUUUCCACGGGAAUUCUCUUUGCAUAAGCUCUCUUCUCUUCACAAUGGAGGCCAAACCACCCAUCACUAUCAUGAUAAAAAGCACAGUCACUCCCAAUCAUAACUCUCACCAACUUCCUGCUGAAACAAGGUGCUGUCUGCAGCAAACCAACAACCUACUCUUGUCCCCUCCCUUUGCUACAUAUGAGUAACAGUGUUAGAAACUGAGAUAAGAAAGCUAGGAGCUGAAUGGCACCUUAAACCUAGGUUACGGGCACACUUUUUAUAACAAGAAUACAAAGCUGAAAAUGAAUGAACUGCAGUUAAAAUAUGUUCAUUUUUCACGUGGUGUAGCCCUUCCCUUGCCCAUCCCCCUAAUAUUCUUAAGAGAGUCUCUCCUCCAGGAUGCUGCUGCCCAGCCAUGAGAGUGACUGGCCAAACACACCUUUCAAGGAUCACUCCCCCACCCCCGUAAUUUGCAAGAGGACAGGGUGUGUGGGUACACACACAGUCACUGCCAUCUCCCCUCCCCUCCUAGCUUGGGGUGGGAGUGGGAGAGGCUAAGUCAUGAGCACAGCAUUGUACCCAGGUGGCACAAUCUCCCUUCUCUCCCACUUCACACACAUUUAACAGUAUGCUGGCUCAGGAACUGUGUGCUCCAGUUGAAAUUCCUCCCUUCUGCGUGUCCAGCAGGGAGGUUCACCCCAUUACCCGCAGAAGUGGCUGAGAUGCUCCUGCAUGGGGUUUACCUCUUUGCUCUGUCUUUGGCAAGCGCCAUGACAGUUAAGGCAACAUGUUAAGACAUUCCUAGUAUUGUUUGUAGCGGGAACACAUUAAUCCCCUGCCCCAGGCUCAGAUGCUCUCCUGGGAUUCCUGAUUGGGGCUCAGCAACUUCAUUCCUGUGUCUUUGCUGCUCAGAAUCACCUCCAUCCUGGAUGCUGCUCAAUAAAGGCUGUGAAUUUGCAUAUUUGUUGAUAGGGCAUGAUAGAGAGGGAUUGGAGUCUGAAGGGCUCAGGCACUGUUAGGGGGCAACGCCCCACCCCCACGGCCCCAUCUCUUGACCCAUUCUCCUCCCUUUUAAAAACUUCAUUUAAAAAACCCAAGUUUUCUUCCAGGGUGUCUGGGUGAAUUGCAAAACACAAUGCAGGUGAAACCACAACCAUCCACCUUAAUUUGCCCAGAGGCUGUGGCUGCAGAGAUGGAUGUGGAAGAGACAUGUUUUGUUGCAGCUGGGGCAGAUGAAGGUGUCCAGUUGUGCUGCUGCAGAUGCACCAUGGUGAUAUUCAAAUAUGUGGGUGUAAUGGGUCUGUACCCCAGUCCUUUAAAUUCUAUGGGUUACUUCCUGUUCUCCCCUCUCAGGUUCCCUGCAGGCUUCUCAAAUCACUUGUGGGAAGCAAUGAAGAGUCAUGCUGAGAUGCUGCCCAGCAGGGCAGGGCUGGCCAAUAGGGCAGAAGAGAAAGUGGUCAUAGGGUGGGGGGCUAAAUACAGGAGCCAGAAGGUUGGUCUAAGCAAUGCUCACCUGAUGCGCUUAGGUACGUAUGAAUGAAGGGUGGGUGUCCUGGUGUGGGGUCAUAUCCUGCAUGGGGACCUGUGACCCCUGCAUGACAGACACGAGCUCUUCUACCUCUCCAGGGUGCCAGCCCUUCAUAAUCAGGAGUUAAGGCAGUGGGGCAAGGGGUGGAGUAGCAAAAGCCUCCUUCAGUGCCCGACUCCUGUGUGCUGCUGUGGCUGUUAGGAACCUGCCCUGUGGAGCUGCUGGUAUUGUGGCCUUGAUCUUUCUCUUUUGCCCCUGACUAGAGGUCGUCCCCCCCCAAGAUAUGCCAAAGGUGAGUAGGGGGCAGAGGCUCCAUCUCCAUCCCCAGCUCCCCAGACAAGUGCCCAACAGGAGGCAUGCUACAGCUGCUGUUGUAGGGUCUCCUGUCCCUCCCAUUGGCUCCUUGUCAAAAGACUUUGCUUCCCUGAGUGGGUCUUGAGCCCUUGGCCCAGAAGGGCUGUGGGAUCCUUGUCCCUUGUCUCCUGUUCCCCCUAUGUGUGGAGACAGACAGUAGCAGGUAUCAGCUGUGAGGCGGGUCUCUCUGGCAUGGGUGUGUGUUCCCUAUUGUGCUAAGUUCAUGCUUGUGGGUUGGCGUCAUCACCAGGACCAUCCCAGGUUGCCAUGCUUUGUUUCUAGGGAUGCUGUGAACAUUCUUGUCAUUUUGUAUUGAAAAGAGGACGAGCCCUUUUGGAAAAAUGGAAGCGGAGUUGCAGAGACUCUAGUUCCAACUUGAAUCGAAGCAACGAGGAUUGGGGGUUGCUAAAUCUUUCACGGUUUUUUGUUUGUUUUGUAAAGCAGGAAAGCCCGGCUCGAGGGAAUUCAACCCAGAGCAACAAAGAGGAGGGAGGCAGCAGAGGUCUGAUGCGACUUAUCAGGCUAAGCCCGGGAAGAGCCCGCAUUCAGGGUUGACCCAGCAGCAUCGGAGCGGGGAGGGCUUCUGUUUACUAUGUUAAGAGUCCACUGGAGUCGUCCUAAUGGAUGGGGCUGCCUUAAACGGGACACGGAUGUCUUAAAUGGAACUUUACUUUUAGUAUACUAUAACCACGAGCAGUAUAAGAUCAAAGCCGCAAUCCUGUGCACGCUUAUUUGGACAUGAGCCCCAUUUAAAUUCGAGGUAUAGUGGGUCUCAUUUCCAAGGAAACCCGCAGCGGAAGCCUCUUGCGCCUUUGAUCUGAAUUAGCGCACCGGGGCAGUGGAACUGCGGCCUCCGGGACCAGCGAUGCCACCACUCGCGACCGCCUUGGGGCUGCUGUACGCUAUGCUGCGUUUGCUGCUGUUCCAGGACAGGGCAGGCACCGUCGGGCCAGCGGAGCCGCCUUGAUCCAGUCCCGGGGCAGGAUCAAGAGGACGGACGCCCGGCGAAGACUGCUGCUGUUGCCCCUCCAGCCGGCCGGCCGGGGGCAGCCUGCCCCGCGCCCAGGAAGAAGCCGGGCCAAGCCGCGGCGAGGAGGCCUCUGGGCCGGCGACAGGGGGCUCUUGCUGGGCGGGCCCUUUGGCGGCGGCGGCGGCCCCCUCCCCUCCCUAGUGGGCAGCGGCGGCGGCUCCGGCUCCGCCCCGCGAGGGCAGGCCAGGGAAGCAGGCGCGGCCGCCGCCACUUCGACUCGGGCAGGCGGAGAGAGGGACAAGCCGAGCGCCUCUGGCGAAGCCGCGGCUGGACAGGGCGCAGCAGGUGGGCGCGACGGCGGGUGGAGGGAGCGAGGCGGGGGGCGAGGGGGUGGUGGCACCGCCUCGGCUUUGUUUCCCGGCGCUCGCACCCUGGCCGGCUCCGCGUGGCAAGCGCCUGGCAUCGGGAGCAGCCGGAGUAGGACACGGCGAACCGGCGCGCGACUCCUCGGCUGCCUGCGCGACGGAAGAAGGCGUCCUUUUUUUCGGGUGCGCGCGCGCAAAAAGAGCUCAGACCCGUUUCUACCUCCCCCACGCCGGGCGCGGGCUGAGACCCUUUUGACCCCCGGGCAAGCGGGUCCCCUCACCGGUCCCGGGAGGCAGCGAAAGUUUGCCCGCAGGGGAACGCGCCCUGGAACUUUCCUCCCCGACGGCAAAGGCGGAGCUGCCGCUGCGUCCAGACGCGGUUGCCGGGGGGCUUGAAAACCGAGCUUGGCGGAGGGAGGCGUCCCCUCCCCUCCCCGGCUUCGCGGUUAGAAGCGCGCUGUGCAGCCUCGCCCAGGUAGGGCAGAGGGGGUGGGGAGGACCUCCUCGUCCCGUGCAGCUUCCGACGCGCGGAGACAAAGCGCUCCGGCCCAGCAACGCCGGGGAGGGGGGCAACAAAACAGGCCCAGGGGUCUCCACGUCUCCGGAAGGCCUUUUCCCACCUGCACUCUUCACGUCGGAAGCAAAUGUGUGAAUGAGCGCCAUGUGGGUCAGAGGAUGCGGGAGAAAUCUCGUGGCAGGAGAAUUUGCGGAAAGUUGGAAUAAUACUUGGGGAUUCCAUGGCGCUUUGGUAGGGGGUGUCCCCCCGUUUAGUCCCUGAGUCAGGAAGCCCAAAUGGCGCUGACUCGUCCCUGCCGAUGGUUAUCACAGAAAACUCCGACGACCACUAAGAGUUUUGUGCUAAACAGCUGGCCUGGGAUGGCCCCGCAAAGGUUCCCCAAAAUCUGCGCUUGGGACAGCCUGACCCUGUUUAACGGUAGGGUAUGCCUGCCCUCAACAUUCUCCCAAGGUUUUGAGAGUAAGACCAAGUUAUAAAGACAAGAAAUCCCUUGCCUUCCCCCAAGACCCCCUUCCAUUCUGAUCUGUUUUCCACUCCGUGUCUUGUGAGUGGCAAAGACCAGUUGAGAGCUGAGCUUGGGGGUCCGGGUUACACGCCCCCCCCCCCGCCAGCUGCUGCAUGUGGCUGUGUCCAUCUUCAACACCAGCCCCAUCUCGUUUGGAUGUGUUACAGGAUUUGCGGGGGGGGCGGGGAGCUCAUACCCUCAGGUUCAGGUUGCUGCUUCAUGUGUUAUGAAUCUCCUCCCCCAAGAGAGAAUUUUCUUCAUGUGACUGUUGAACCCUCAACUGAGAGUUCUGGAUGCUCAAAGAAAUUUUGGAGAGGGGGUUAUAUGUGGGAAAUGAGCACAGCCAGAUGUCCCUUCAAUUUUGGACAGGAUGACAGUUUUGGUCAAUGAGACAGAAUGAUUCAGUCAGGUUCUCUUCCAUCCCAGUGCAGACCCUGUCCCAAAUGGGUGUGUCCUAAAUAUGACCAUGCUCUAAUUGACAAUCUUGGGAAUGUAGGUGCUCCACUUACAGGGUUCGGAGGAGGCAGCACAGCGAAUAUGGCAAAUAAGUUUUGUGCAGGCACGGGAGCCAGCUGUGGCCACAAGGGUCCCACAGUUGACUUGGCAUAAGAUAUUGAGUUGAAGCAUCAGGCUUCUUGAUUGUUAAUGUCUAACUAACAUUCCCACCCACCCACAACAUUUGUAAAUGGAUUCAUUCCAGCUCCUUUGUUUUUAUGGCUACUGGCUUAAAUGAACUCCCUGUGAACAGAUGCUUUGUGCGUUAUUGUUUUUUGAAAAAGUGUGCUGGGAAUCAAGUUUCCAGGAUUUCCAGAUUCAUUCCACUGCCACCAUGCUCUUUUACCCUGCCUUCCAUGUUUGCUUUUCCUGCGGAAAGGGGAAGCCUGCCCUCUCUUCCUGCUGUUGCUGCGGGUGUCUCUGGGCUGUCCAGCUGUGGACAGUUCAGGGCUGGAGGAAAGGAAGGAUGUGUUGUCGUUCACAAGGAAAUCCACUUUUCUGAGUUUGUGUUGUGCCCCAAGGUGACUGGGCUCAUCUCUGCAGCACAUGGGGACACCUUUUCAUCUUGAGUCAGCAGGGUGGCUGAGUAAUAUAUUUCCUACAUGGUUUUCUUAAAUUAAAAUAUUUCAUCCAAAUGGCUUCCAACAUAAUUGAGAGAGAGAGAGAGAGAAUAUAUAUAUAUUCAUACCAAAUGCAAUGCAGUAAAAGCAACUGCCUUUGCACAAACAAGAAACUGAUAGGAAAUAUGAAGCCUUGAGCCCCCGGGCUGCCUCCUGACUUUAAAUGUUCAGAGAUUCAGACAAAAGGAAGUCCUUCCUUGCUCAGUGCAUAGUUAUAUUAUGGCAUUCACUACCACAAGCUCUAGUGAUGGUCACCAACUUGGAUGGCUUUAUAAGGUAAUUAGAUUAGUUCAGGGAGGAUAAAGCUUUGUUCUCCCUUGGCUGUUGGAAGCUGUAUGCCUCUGAAGUUGUUGGGAAUUAUAGGUGGGGAGAGUAGAUGUUAUGCUCAAGUCCUGCUUGUAGGCUUCCUAUAGGUAUCUGGUUAGUUUGCAGUGUUUCUCUAACUUGGGUUUCCAGAUUUUGUUGGACUACAACUCCCAUCAUCCCUAGCUAGCAGGUCCAGUGAUCAGGGAUGAUGGGACUUGUAGUCCUACAACAGCUGGAGACCCAAGUUUGAGAAACACAUUGAACCCCACCUUUCCUCCAAGGAGCUCAAGGUGCUGUAGUUCAUGCUACUCUUUCUCCACAUUUUGUCCUCACAACAAUCUUGCAAGGUAGGUUAGUCUGUGAGACCGUGACUGGCUGGCCCAAGAUCAACCUGUGAGCUUCAUGACCCAGUAGGGGUUUGAAACCCAGUCUCCCAGGUCCUAGUCCAACACUUUGCACCACACUGGCUCUCUAGUUGGCUGCUAUGAGAACAAGAUGCUGGACUAGUUGGGCCCUCAGCCUGAACCAGCUUUAGGGCCUUUCUCACGAGAAGCCACUGCUUUUAGCUUCACUCUUGCAAAUGCUCCUUGGUGGAUUAUGACCUCCUUCCAUCGAGGGAUGCUUUCUAUGCCUUUCAAAAUCUACUUGAGGAUCUCAUUCUUGCUCUGCAGCAAAACAUGGCAGGAAGUUUUCAUUUGGGCUGCUUGGCCAAAUUCCUCUUGUAGGGCUUCUGAUAAGCUUCCAAAGAGCCCAAUGUGAUUUCACUCUGGUUCAACGCUUGGGUGGCAGGGGAAUCUUCCUAUGAUGUGUGAAUACUCUCAUCCCUUGUUUGCUUAAAAGCAGCUGAAGCAAACUGUAAAAUGGGUGUGCAUGCCACCUAAUUUGCCCUCCCUUGGUCUAGAACUGGAGACCUUGCCCCAGACUCCUCUCUUGUUAUGGCAGCACUGAGCAUAAGGGACAGGUCUGUUUAGCUAAAUGGGCGGCGUUUUAAGGAGCUGACAAACAUGGGUGUUGCUGGCUCAAACCUGGCCUGCCCCCACAGGCUUGUGCAACCUGCUGGGUGCUGGGCCUGCAGCUGGAAGCCAAUGUGGUCUCUUUGCAUAGAUGCCUCAUCAUAGCUAGAUUUUGACUCUCCUCUUUCAGUUAGGGGAGGCCGGCUGGGCCUGAACCCUUGACCAUACCCAGCCAGCCUGCGCUUUCUGCGCUGGAAGGCUCCUUUCCAUUUUGGGCUAGGCUGGAGGCCGGGCUCCAAGGCUGCUGUUGCAUCAGUGUUCUGGGGGCAGCCUUGCCUUAUCACACCAAGAGAUCCUCAGACAAAGGAAUCCACUGCAGACGAUAGACUGACUAAUCUAUUUGAGACGGUGCCAGCAUCAUAUUGGAGAUGCCAAUCUGGCACCUUGUCUGGUGACUCUUCCUCUGCUGCCAAGGCUGUGGGUGCCUUUCCUGGAAGAAGCAUCUUUUUGCUUUGGGGCACUCAGAGCCUGCCUUGACCACAGGAGACCCAGCUUGCGGUGGCGGCGGCGGCAGCAUUUCAUGCUCUCUCUCUUUUUUACUAGCAUCACUUAUCCAAAGACAUAUAACUGUGAGAUAGAUAUUUGCACUCUGAAAGGAGAGGCAUUUGGAAAAAGGUGAAGCUGCAGAUACUGCAUUCACUCUGAUGCUUAGGGAAAUGAGAGAUAUGAACAUAUGAAGCUACUGUACCUUUUACCAGGUCAGACCAUUGGUCCAGAUAGUUCAGUAUUGUUUACACUGACUGGCAGCAGUGGCUCUUCAAGCUUUCAGGCAGGGGUCUCUCCCAACCCUCCCUGGAAAUGCCACUGGGGAUUGAACCAGAGACCUUCUGCAUGCAAAGCAGCUGAUCAACCCCAGGCUCUUGAAACUGGUGGCUCUCCAAGGCUGGGAGGCAAGAACUGCUGAGUUUAGGCACCUGGCUCCCAAAGGGGAACCUGAUACACAGAGUUUCUGUGCUGAGAUGCCCCUUCCUGGGCAGGGUUUGGAUUUUGGCAAGGGUGGCUCCUUCAGCGCUCAACCCUUCUUCAUAGGGGGUUGAGUAUCAGAACUCCUGGGGGCUUCAUGGUUGUGCUUAUGCCUCAUAGGGACCUCGGGGGCAGGAUCCUGGGCCUUUCACACAUGCUUGUGGGGCAGUGUGGUUGCUGGACAACUACUGAAAGCACAGAAAGAGUACUGUAUGUGCAAAAAGGAGGUGCUGUGUGGUAUGGAGCACAGCUUAACUCUGGGAUGUCCCCAGAACGCCCUGUAGGCUUUGGUGGUGGGAUUGGCACACAUUUCGCUGUUUAGCUUUGGAGUGUCAGAAUCUGGUGCCUCCGAAUCCUAUUGAAAACCAUUUCUUAGCCAUGUGCGUCAUUAUUAUCACAGUUAUGUCCCACCUUUGCUGCAAGGGUCCCAAGGUGGUGUACAAGGUUCUCCCCCUCCUCACGGUAUUCCCACAACAACCCUGUGAAGUAGGUGAGGCUGAGAGGCAGUGACUGGCCCAAGGUCACCUAGUGAGCUUCAUGGCCAAAUGGGGAUCCAAACCCUGGUCUCAUCGAGGUUGUAGUCUGGCACUCUCACCAAUACACCAUACACUUGACUUGGCUGUAGGAACAUCUUCUUAGCUGUCUAUCAUCUUUGCGAACACACUCCUUUUCUACUAAAGCACCACAUUUGAUUCCCUGCAGGAGACACUGGACCCUUUCAGUCCAGAAUUCAAAAGAUUCCUGUAAAUAGAGGCUGAGAGGCAGUGACUGGCCUAAGGGUCACCCAGUGACCUUCACGGCCAAGUGGGGAUUUGAACUCUAGGCUCCCAGGGCCUAGUCUGACAUUCUGACCACAACACCUUGUUUGACGGCGUUGCUUGCACCCAAAACGAGUGGGACACAGCGAUUCUGCACAAGACGUGGAGAGGGCUGUCCAGUUGAGGGGCAGGGACAGGCUGCAGGUGGUUUGGGGGUUCUGCAUCCUGCUUCUCCCCACAUGGGAAGCCCUCCGCAAGGCUGCUGGAAUAAGGCAGCGGAUGUGGGGCUUCCUGUUGUGGGAAAUGUGCAAGGCAGAAGAAGCAGAGUGCAGACCCAGCCUCUGUUGGCUUCCUCAUUUUUACUAAUAUUUAUUUGUUCAGCUCUUAAAGGGACUCGUGCUCAGUGACUCAUUACAGAGGAGGCUGGAGGUGACUGGGAGGAAGGUCCAUGCUCUGCUGGGCUGCUGCUGCUUGCAAGCAUUCAAAGAGCAGCAAAGACCUCUUCACGUAGCACACCAAGUUAAAGGAUGCAAUCCACUCCUACUUGUUGUGAUGGAUACCAUUAUGGAUGGCUUUGGAAGAGGAUUAGACAAAGGCUAUUGAUUCCCAGUUGCCACAGUGGCUGUGCUCUGCCUCUGAGUGCCAGUUGCUGGGAAUCACAGGUCUCAGAUCCUGCUUGUGGGCUUCCCAUUGGGGCAUCUGAUUGGCUGCUGAGAGAACCUGCUGAUCUGUUAGAGGGGCCUUUGUUAUGAUGCAGCUGCAGGGCUUUUUUGUGUUCUCAUGUUAAAGACAAAUGAAUGACUUGUUUUAUUUAUUCCUUUAUUAUUAUUUUAUUAUUGAAUUAAUAUCCCACCUUUUCCUCACUGAGCUUACCUGCUUCUCCUCCCCGUUCUUAUUUAAUCUCCACAACAGCCCUGUGAGGUAGGCUAGGCUGAGAGCCUGUGACUGGUCCCCAAGGUCACCCAGCGACCUUCAUGGCCAAGUGCGGAUUCGAACCCUGGUGUCACUUGUCAUAGGCCGACACCGUCACCACUGUACCACAGACUUGACUUGGCUGUAGGAACAUCUCUUAGCUGUCUAUCAUCUUUGCAGGCACACUCCUUUUCUACUAAAAUACCAUAUUUGAUUCCCUGCAGCAGGAGACACUAGACCCUUUCAGUCCAGAACUCAAAAAAUUCUGGUCAAUAGUGUUUCUGCCCAGCAGCACUUGGGCAGGCCAGACAGUAUUGCUUCUUCUUGGUGCCCAGUGUUUUCUGAAAACUAAAACCAAGCCUGCGCUCAGUGUGCCACAAAUAAGCUUUCUUGCCUGCCUGCCACCCUUCUAUGGCAAGAGGGGAAAUUGCUUGCUGAAUCAGCCCCCCAGCAAGAGGAUGUGGCACAGGAAAUGGAAGCAGCUUGGAAUCCCAGCAGAGGGAUCUGCAAAAACCUCCCCUCCCCACCCCAGCAACCUGGCCUCUCUCCCCAUGGAGUGCCCUUCAUUGCCAAGCUGGAGCCAAGCAGCUGCCUCUGAUGACAGAUUCAGUGGGGCUUCCAUUGUUGCACAGCCAGGAUUUUCCUCUCUGUUGGCAUUCAUCACUACAAGUAUGGCCAGUCGCAGCAAAGAGGAACCAGUGAAGGUAGAGUGAGUGUUGAUGCCUCAUAGCUGGAAAGGAUGGUAGUUCUCUCAUUGCUAACCAUCACCCUGCCUGUCAUUACAAGGCCAGCUGGCAGUGUGUCCCACCCCAGGAGCUUGGAAUGACCAUACUGCCCACUCUUUCCAUGGGGCUCAGUCACAGUGCCAUCUGUGUUCAGUGCCAGGGCCCAUCCUGCAAAUGGGUGCUCCUGUGGGCAUGCAGGACAUCCUUUGUCUGGAUCGCUGCUCUGUAAUUUGUAGUGUGAACAGUCCCACAUAAUCCAGAUUUCCAAUAGGUGGUGGAAUUCCCAGCCAUAGACAGGCUGUCUUGAGCCAACAGCACUCCCCACCUCAUUUAAAACUUAAGCAGGACCUCUGGGAGGUGGGUGCACUUCAGGCUUGUCAGAUCUCCUUGUUCUUUUUACUAGAACUCCAAGAUCUGCCAACCAGAGCCGGGUGCAAAGACACCGGAUUAACACACUGGAUUCCUUGGAGAACAUUCUGAGCCCAGGAAUUUGCUUUCAGUCCUAGAACUAAAUUGAGCUCAUUGUCCUUUCUCGGGUCUGUCUCUCUCACAUACAUUCAGCCCUGCCUACUCUAGGUAGUCUUCUCUUCACCAGGCUAAACAGUCCCAACUCCCUCAACUGUUCGCCUUCAGGCUUUAUUUCUAAACCCUUGAUUAUCUUGGUCGCCCUCCUCUGCAAACACUCCACCGUGUCAAUAUCCUUGUGGUGCCCAGAAGUGGACACAGGCCUCCAGGGGGUUGGUCUGACCAUGGCAGAAAAGCAGCUCUUUCCUUCUUUAUUGGCUGCUCCUGCCUUGGUGGGAAGAAGCUGCCUUCCUUGUGUAACUGACUGGGGAGACAUCCGAAAGGGUUAAAUGUCUCUGAGCACUAGGAAAUCAUUAACGAAGGUGGAUCCAGGGGAGGGGGGGUUCCUCUCUGGAGCUACGUGCCUGGCUGGGCUCACCCUGCCUGCACCUGAGUGAUGAUGGGGCCAUAGGAGUCUUGCUGAGGACAGGCUCUGUUGCUGCUUCUGGUGUGUUUUGGUGGAAGCUCUUCUGCUGAGAGCACCUCCUUUUGGAGGAAAAAGGGCGUGUUGGGGCAGCUCAGGACUGUUCGGGUCUGCUGUGCUGCCCCAGCAUACUGCUGUCUUUGGGGAACAAGGCUUCGUAAGGUGGCUGGGGCUGGAGCUCCCCUGUGCUUGCCUUUCAAGGUGAUGGGCGGCUCUGCUGCAAUCUGGAGGUCAUGUAAGGGGCCAUGCUGGCUGGUUUUUCUUUGCUCCUGGGAAGGUCAAAGGUGCCUCCUGAAGGGCUGCCUGAAUUUAUGCUCAGGGUUUAAACAGCCACUUUGGGAAAUGACUUCAGUGUUCCUAUUUGGCCAAUGAACUUCGUAUGGAGGGUUCACAGUGUCCCUAAGAGGAAUAGUGGCCAGGAUUUCUUGCAGAGCCUGAAAAGCUUGGAGUAUCUGUGACCCUGGACAGCUCCUCAAGCUGGCCCUAGCCUCAGGCCCAUGGCCCUUGGGGAGCUCCUCCUGGCUUCACCCAGUGCACACCCAGGCCCACUCUGAGACCCCUAGGUUACCUUUGGCUGGCAAUUAUUCAGGCUAGUGAGGCAGCCACAACAUCCACCCCUUUCUCCCCCCGCAGUUUGACUCAGCAGCCUGGAAUGUUCCUUCUCCAGCUCUCCUCCAGGGAACCAUCACUCCUCCUUCCUCCCAGGAGACAUCCUGGGUUCACAGGGAUGGGGCAUCUUUCAUCCAAAGAAAGUUCCUCAUUGGGAGGUCCCCAUCUGGCCCCAGAGGGUUUCCUAGUACAGCAAGGCUGUUGCUGUUCUGUUUUUCUCCCGGAAACGGGGGCUGCUUUGGGGUUUUUCCAGCCAAGCCAGGAACUGCAUACAUUGCCCUCUGCCCUGUUUCUAUAGGCCAUUCCACCCAUCCAUCAGUUUUGGAAGCUCCUAAGCCCCUGAGAGAGCCCCUUCAUGAGAGAUCUGGCGGCGGAAGUCCAAACAGCUCUCUGGGCUGCUCCCAGCCUUUAUUGCCUGGUCCCCUGAUGGCAAUUGGGGCUUGGCCCUGCCUGGGAUUUGGACUUGUUCCAGGCAUUUUCCAUGCUGUGCAACAGAGGGGCCUGCUGGAUGCCCUGGGUGAGGCGUGCUCUUUCUCUCUGCGUGUGACAUCAGACACACCCUUUAGUGUUUGUGCGCACAUGUCUGCAGAACAGAGUUGAAUCUCAUGAAAACCCUUUUUGACUGUCACAGCAGCCCCUCGGAAUCAUAGCUGUGUGAUGGUGCUGGGAAUGUUUUUACUCAAUCCCCAGCCUCUCUGCAGAACUGGGUAUCCCCAGAAGGAACGUUUUAAGAGGCUUCAAACAGAUCCAGAUCUGUACUUCUGAAAAAGAGAGGAAAAACCUCAGUAUAGCUUGGAAAACCUUCAUGCUGCUCUUGACAAAGUGUUUCUGCAUGUUUGGACUGAGAGGUUCAAGAGACCUUUUUCACUGCAUUGGUCCCUUGGGCUCCUUCACCCAACCCAGCACCCCUGCCUAGAUACCCCUCUGGACCUGUGUCUUCUGCACCCAUUUCUCAGCAUAUCAUGGGAAAGUUUGUGGUGGGAAACGGAGGCUUCUCCACUGCACAGAGGGUGCCUCUAUGCAGCUUGAGUGUAAUGUGUUGGCAGCUGCCUUUUGGGGACCCCGUCCUUCUAAAGCUGCCCAGGAAAGAAAGUUUUUUGGCCUCCCAACUGGGGUGGCUUUACCUUCUGGGACUGCAGCACCUUCUGCAAGCUCCACAUUUCUCUGGGGUGACUGAUCCAUCUCAGCACCUUUGCAGCCUGGCAGGUGGGUCUUGGUGGCAUUAGCCCUCCCAGGACACCCUCCCUGCCACUCUGCUUUCUAGCUACAGCCUUGAGCCAAGAGCAGUUGCUGCCUCCAGGUCUCUAAUCUCUCCCCCCCCCCGCCACACACACACACACACACACACACUUUCAUUGAAUGUUUGGCAUCUCCCAGACUAAAAAUACAACUCCAGAAUAGAGGCAGCUCUUGAAGAGGGGUCCCCCUUGUGCCCCGUCACGUGGCCGCACAAAAUGUCAGAGGCAGCUGACCCCCUCUGUCUUGGUGCGUUCCCAAUUUAAGAGUCUGCCCUUUCCCACCUGCUGCUUUCACCAUCCUCGGGAGAUGCCUCCCUAUUCUUUUUUGAGCCUGGAUCGUGCAGGGGCAAAAAAUAGACCGGAGGAUUUUCACAUCUGCCUUCCUUGUCAACCUUCAGGCCCUUCCUGCCAGCCCCGAGGUCUCUGCAUGGGGUCUGGAGAGAUGAGGGGCCAAACUCCAGGAGAAAUGGGUGGUGUGUGUGUGGGGAGGUUGGAAGACCAUCUCUGUUUGGUCUGAUGUAGGGCUCAGGCACAGUUAGAGAGGCAAGAGACCCCAUUCUGGAGUGGGGGUGUGUGUCUUUGGUAUCAAUGGUUUUCCUUCCCUGUCACUGCUUUCUUUUGCCCCCAGCUUUGUUUGCGAUGUGUCACUUGCACCUCUCAGGCGCUGCUUGCUCACCUGCUGACAUUGUCCACCUGGAUGACCAUUCUCUGGCCCAGCCACCUCCCCCUUGAGAAACCCAUUGGGACCCUUUUUCAUGGGUUUCUUACAGUGCCUUUUGUUCUCAGAUGGCCUGAAUCUCAUCACUUACUGGAUAUGAAUGCCAUCUGCAGCAAAGGGCACUUGGGCAUAUUUUUCAGCACUUGGAAAGAUACAUGAGUGGGACUUGAUGCUUCCCCAGUUGCCUGCUGCAUAUAACUUAAAAGCAACAAACCAUGGAAAACGAACACGUUCACACUUGGGACUGUGCGCACAUGCAGACAUGCACGCACGCACGCACACACACACACACACACCCUAGCUUGGCUUCCAGGGCACAUAGAAGGAAGUCCUUCUUCAAGCAGGGCGUAGUUAAAAUUAUGGAACUUGCUCCUGCAGGAGGCAAUGAUGGCCACCAACUUGCAAGGCUUUAAAAGAGGAUUCGACUGAUUCAUGGAGGAGAAGGCCAUCCAUGGCUACUAGCCACAAUGGCUACUCUCCCUUCACAGUUGGAGGCAGCCCUGCUUCCGAAUACCAUUUGCUGGAAACCAAAGGAGCCCUGUGAGUUCUUGUGCUUACAUCCUGCUUGUGGGUUUUCCACUAGGGCAUCUAGUUGGCUACUGUGAGAAGAGGAUGCUGGACUAGAUGGGCCAUUGGCCUGAUCCAGCAGCAGACUCUUCUUACAUUUCGGCGAGAAUGCCUUCAGCACGUGCAUUUGGAGAGGGAGGGCCAUGUUCCUUGUCCCUCCUUGUCCCCCUCCCCCCAAAACAAUGGGCUUUGCCUUGUUUGUGUGCCAAAGGGGAAAUCCAGGCCCCAGGGAGUCCUGCUGCCCAGCUGCAUGGAGAGGAGAGCUUCUGCUUCUUUGGCUUCUGCUUUGGGUUGCUGCCUGCCGCCUCUCGCCUGGUGUGUGUGUGUGUCUCUCUCACUAGCACCACCCAAACCUCCUGCAGCAAUGCUCUUAAGCAAUCCUAGCGGAGAGCAGGACCUGGCAGCUGGAGGAUGCUUACCUCACCCGACAAAAAUGCUCUGUUACUCAGAAAAUGAAAACUGUCUGAACUUUCUGGGCUGGGAGGAAUUGCUGGUGGUAUCUGUUUGAACCGCACCACGGCAGAGGUUACAGAGCCUCCGCAAAGGGGUAAUUUCGUAGCUUCUUGAGCGCCGCGGAGACUGUGAGCCAGCGACUCCUUGGCUGGGAGUCCGAAGGGACCUCGGUUCAUGCUUCAGCCUGCUGCUCAGAGAGGUGCUAGAGGAAACCCAGAAAAUGACUCACCAACUGUCAGGAGUCUGUGCCUGACUCUGGUUGCCUCCCAAAUACGGGAGCUCCUUUCCAGUUGGAGAGAAGUUGCUUCUGAUAGCUGCGUGGGCCAGAGGAACAGCGAAGGUCAAGGCCUUCCAGUGGAAAGCAGACACCGCUAUUAUGAGCUUGACUGCCAUUUGGAUGUUGCCUGUGUCUGGGGUGUCAUUGAGUGCUCUUGAGAAAAGGAGGGUUGAGUUGCCAUGGGGAAAUACCAUCCCCACUGGCAAUGGGCCCCAACAGGGAAUGCCUUCUUCCACAUUGCCCUUGUGACAAGGGCAUGUCGAGGGGCUUGCGUGUGCUGUGAAAAGGGCUGGUGCCAGUGCUGUGCCCUCUUAACACCUGGUGCAAAAAGCAGGGAAUCCGCUAGGGAGGAAGCAAGGAAGCCCUCUUUGAAGCCAGCGGGCGACAUGUCCUUUUCAGUUAUUUUCAUUUUUACGGGGCCUUCUGAUUCACCUAACCUUGGCAGGCCAGAAAAAGUGCUUGUGUGCGCAGCGAAUGGAAAUUGUGACCAAACAGCAUAGCAUGUAGGAAGACAAACGUCUUCCUUCCAGUGUUGCAAGCUGUGCCUGUGUGGGUGGGUUGGAGAUGCCACUGCUCUGAGUGUGUGUUUCCUUUCAGUUGAGCAAACAGUUGCUGGCUUGUCUCUCUGCAGGUGGGUGAGGCAAAACGACUCACCUCCAGCCUCUUUGACCCACCUGGCCUGUGAGGCCCCUGUGCAGAAUGUAGGCCCUUUGCUCCAUGGCACUGCAGGGUGGGGGGCCCCUUAUAGGCUCUUGGAUCAUGCCCACCACACCCCUGUAGCUCUUCCUGUGGGUGUGUGGUGGAAUUUUUACCUUGCCUGCCUGUUGCUAGCAAUUGUUUCCAACAGCCCUUUCACAGUAUCUGUCGCCAUCAAUUGCACACCCUACCCAAAAUGUCACACAUGGAGCUUGGGAGGAAGAUUCUGUGUUGCACGUGUCAGCCUUCCUUUUCCACCAAGAUUUGCCUGCCUGUAAGCAAACAUGGCACAAGGAGAAGGGGACGACAGAGGACAAGAUGGCUGGACAGUGUUCUCGAAGCGACAAACAUGAAUCUGACCAAACUGCGGGAGGCAGUGGAAGAUAGGAGUGCCUGGCGUGCUCUGGUCCAUGGAGUCACGAAGAGUCGGACAUGACUAAACGACUGGACAACAACAAGCAAACAUUUCCUUUUCCAGUGGAAGAAGGCCUCCAUGAGGUAGUGAUGGCCACCUGCUGCUGACAUGGAUGGCUUUAAAAGAGAAUUGGACAAGUUCAUGGAGGGUGAUCGGGCUCACGAUGGCUGGGUUCAGAGUCUGCCCGCCAUCGCCACCACCAGAGAAGUGAGGACAAGUGGUGGCGGCUUCCUGUAAGAUCUCGCAGAGCUCAUGUGGGAUCUUGCCAGAAGCUGCCACUAUGCGAUCCCAGUAAGCAGGGCUUUGGUGGGAGGGUUGCAACUUCUAGUUUCCCCUCAUGUGGGAAGAUGGAACAUGUUGCCCUAGGCCAUGGUCUUACCUGCCCUGCCAGAGGUAGGAGGCCUUUGAGUACCAUGGGCUGCUUGGAGUAGCAGGUGGGGAUAGCCCUGCCAUUGACCUGCUUGGUGGUUUUCCAGAAGAGAGGCAUCUGUCUGGCCCUUGUGAGAACAGAGUGCUAGACUAGACAGGCCCCCUUUGGCCUGAUCCAGCAGCCAGGCUCUUUAUGUGUGCAGUGGUUCUCAGUUCAAGAAACCCUCGCCCAUUUUAGCGGCACAAGAUCCCAUCCAGCUCUGUAACUUGGCAGAAAUCCUCGCAGGGUUUUGAAAAAGCCAGGGAGGAAGCCGGGCCUAUUUGACUAAUGCAGAUGAGAAACCCCAAAGGGGGCCAAGCUGAUAAGGUGGAUGCUUUGGGAUGUCAGCUGUGCAAAGGUAGCUUUUCCCCUCUCGUACCUCGGCUGGGGAAGGCAUCCUCUGGAUCGUCCCUUUAAGACAGUUAGGGCCAGCCACUGGGUCACUUGUCUUCUCUGGAGGCCUUCCUCAUGGAGGGAUCUUGUCUUUUCUAGGCUAUUUCCACCAGUUUCUGGGCUUUCUGAUCUCUUCUCCUAAGAAAGCAGAGGGAAUUCCCUCAGCCUUGACCCUUCAGGCCGAGAAAAGCCAGACUUUUGCUCUCUGCAGUCUUGUCCAGUUGGUUUUGUGGGCAAGAGCCUGCUGUUUUCCACAGGCAGCACCCUUUAGCCUGGUCCUAAAUGGAUGGACUCAAGGCGGCCAGGUGUCCCAUAGCACCUCCAGACACCUCCUAAGAGGAUGGAAUGUUUUGCUUCAAAUUGGCAUCUCGGAGCAAGCAACGGUUUGUUGUGGCACCAAAAAGUCGAAGUGCCUGUUGUUGAAAGAACACUCUGCUCCCAGCUCCGAGAUCCCUUAAUACCACCUGGUGCCCUGGCCAGCAGAGCCUGGAGCUGUGAGCCGCUUUCCUUCUGCAGGCUGCUCAGAGGAAGGAGUUGGCAAGGAAGGAGCCCUGGUCCCCAUGGGGAGAUUUUGCAAUGGCAGAGACGGAUUUGCAGUUAGCUCCGGCUUGUGCUGGGGCUGUAAUUGAUACCAGAUGAUGUGUGUGCGCGCGCCCACUCUCACCAGGUCUGGAAAAUCUCAGCUGUGCAGAUGGAAAUUCAAUCCACCUCUGCUCUGAUGGGGGAAGAGGAAAAGGUGCUGCGUGUUCCCCUCCUGCCUGCAGUAUCACCCGCCCCCCAAGUCACAUUCUUAGAGACCCCUUUCCCAUCCCAAAGGGCUGCCAUUUGCAUCCCUGCCCGCGGCAGAUGGCCUGGAUUCCUAUGCCUGCAUGAGGGAUGGUAAACUGAGUGACUUCCUGCUCAUUAGGAUCUGGUGCUAUUCCAAAUUUUGAAGGGCUUGCCUGUGUGGGGGGGAACAGGGGGAGGACUAUGGUUGUCUAAUAGUCUGGAAAACGGAUCAGGAUUGGUCUCGGCUGCACUCUCUCCCCCUCCCUGCCAUGGCUUCCCUUGAACUCCCACUGCUGCGAUAUCGGGCGCAAGAGGACAAAUGUGGGGAAGCUGGCUGUGCUGAAGCCCAAGAGCUGCCACUGUGCCUUCACUUUUGGAUACCUGAUUUAUGUCCCUCCCGCUGGAAAUAACUCCCUCCUAAGCUGCAGCUCUCCAAACAAAGAGCCACAGCGAGAGGGACUGUUUUGACCAAAUUUGGAGAAAACUUUCCUUGAGUCGUUGAGCAAUAUCAGCCUGUUGCCUCUGCCGGCCCCCCUCUUCUGCCACCAGGGAAACUCGGCUGCUCCUACAGUAGCAGCAGCAGCAGCAGGACGCCACCCUGUCCUGGGGGAGAUCCUCAAAGAUGGAGGCUCAGCGAGGGACAGUUGUGGCACUCGAUUCCCCUUUGGGUGUUUAGUAAACGCAGUAGAGCCCUUGCCAGAGAGACCUGCCUACUGGGGGAGCACCCAACCACUGGUGUCUCCCCCUUUGUGCAAGGCUGAGACAGGGUGCCUCUGUUUCCCUGGGAGGGCUCUGUUGCUUUGUGGGCAGCGGGCUUCAGGACCCUGAGAAGCCCCCGUUUCUGUGUUGUGCCUUCUGUAAAAUGCCUUGCAGCCUGUCCUGUUCUUUCCCCUCGUCCUGAAAGGCCACUUCCCACAAUGCCUCUUGCUUCUUGGGUGGCCAUACACAAGUCCUGCAGGAAUUCUGAACCCUGGAGCUCAGCUGACCUUCAGGGGUUUCCGAAGCAAAGUUGUCCAGCUGAUACAAGCCUGGCGUGUGGGCCUUGGUUGCACACAUUGCCUUGGGGGUAGCACAGGCAACCCUCUUAGGUGAGCAAGAGGAGACAGACGGGGCUCUUCUAAAUUCAGAAAGGAAGGUAGAUCGGUGGUGUUGCCUGGGCUGGGCUUAAUGCUGCCUUGGCAGUUGCAGAGAGAGAGUUUCAGCUGGCAAAGGGACUGGCCUCCUCUGGCACAGAGUUGCUCCUCCUGUAUCCCGUAUCCAGGAAGUCAAUUCUCUUCCUCCUCCCCAUUCUUUGAAAAUUGUGGCUGGCUUUGGGGCAAGGCCCCACGGCAAGAAGCUUCCUAAAGCAGCAUGUCAGAAUUUGUGCUCUUUGGCUUUUAUGUAUGGCCAGGAGUGCAUUUGCUUGAAAAAGAAAAGUUACUGUUUUUCAUUUUUCAUUUCCAGACAGAUACCAUAAAGACAGAAAGAUAACCAAUAACAGAAAAGCUUACAAAUCUCCCUACAAAGGGGGUGGGGGUGGGGCUUGGAUAAAGAGAUAUAAAUGCAUAGGUCUGAUAAUUUCUCUAAAGGAAAGUUAGUGCAAAAUCAUAUGCUAUAAAAAAGCUAUUUUGCAUUAAUUAAUACAUCUAAUAAAAACACUUUAGUAAGCUUGUCUGAUUUUGAGAGGCCUUUUAGUACCCUGAGCUUUUGCAUUAAUUAAUUUCUCAAUCAUUGCUGCUAGAGGCCCUUAAUUACAAUACCAAUAAUACUCCAGUGAUGAUAUUACUCCCCUUUCAGUCUUCCCCGAACUUUGCUAGAGCCAGGCGGCUGCCAUCAGAAGACAGUUCAUGAAAGCUUUGCUCAGAUUUUGGUUUGUGAAGAGGUUCACGUGAGUCAAUGGCAGGGUCCUGUUUGUGGGGAGGUGUGUAAUUUUUCUCCAAAAACCAGGUUCCAAAACGGCUGAGGCUGCGGGCAGAACCACCACCUAAAGCAGUAAUUGCCAGGUUCUGUGCAGUCCUUCCGACAUAAAGGCGUUAGGGCAAAUUUGAGAAAACCUCCCAGGAGUCAUGUCCCAUCUAUGCACAAUAGCUUCAGCGUGGCUUCUCUGACCUGGGUUGAUACAUGCCAGGUAUUAUUGCAGGAAGGGAAUAGUCACCCAGCUUGCCGUGAUCAAAGCCUUGCAUUGUUCUCUUGCCCUGUUCUGGGCUGUUUCCACUCUAAGAAGGGAAGCAUUUUUACUUCUAAGGACAUGUGCAGAAUCUCUGGCUGCAACCUGCUUUUCCCACCACUGCUCUGGCCAUGUCAUGAAGAACUUCACUUGGUGAAUUUCUGCAUGUCAGGCGGCCAUUAAGAGGCGCAGCUAAUAGAACCAUUUUUUUUGUAAACAGCUUUGAGGUUUUUCUACAAUCAAGCGGCAGAGGUGGUCUUGAGAAAUUUGAGAGCCCAAAGUUCUCCACUGUAAGCAGUAUAUAAUUUUUUUACAAAACAAAUAGAAUAAAACUGAAAGGAGAAGUUGAGGAUCCAAGAUUGCAGUCUACUUUUACUGGAGAGCAAGUCCUGCUGCAUUCAUUAGCGUGCAGCGUUGGAUUGGGCCAGAUGUGGUCAAGUACUGUAACCCUUUUCCUGAAGAUAAUACUUGCUGGCUUCUCUACAAGAAUGAUAGACUGUCACUACAUAGAACCAUCUGUUGCGAGUACUAACACAAUCAUGCGUAUUUUACUCAAAAAGUAAACACCGCUUACAUAGGAUUGCACCACCAACCAUUGUGUGCCCUGCCCUCUAUCCCCAUCCCAUGGCCCGAAGGGAGCUCAGGCAGGGACUCCCAUUUCAAAGCAGCAUUGCAGGGGGGCGGUGAGAUUUGCCUCCUCCUCCUCCUCCCCUUUGUCUUUGGUUUGUUUCGAAAGGAUUGAAAUGUUGGAAUUUCCUGGAGGCCAGGACUAUGGCUCACCCUCCUCUGGUUCCAGGCCAGCUAGUCCAGGCACGCGGCAGGAGCUCCAGUCUGGAGAGCAGCAGAUGCCUGCCUUCCAAAGGUUCCUUGACCUCUUUGCUAGCACAGGGAACAAGCAGGAAGGGGCUGCAGGUUGCGGGGCUGGGGGAAUGCAGUGAUUCCUUGGAAGAGGACUUUGCUCCUCUUCUCCAGGAGGGUUAGCAGAGCCCCCCUCACUGCAAAAAGCUGGAGAGGCAACCUCAGUCCUCCUAAGCGCCUGAUCUCUAGUGUAUCAACCCAGUGCUCCUGGAAUGUUUGCUGUUUCCAGAAAGGGGUCCUAAAUGACAGGCCUUGGUGUGUGUGUGUGUGUGUGUGUGUGUGAGAGAGAGAGAGAGAGAGAGAGAGAGAGAGAGAGAGAGGUGACUGGAUCUGUGAAACCAGACCAGAGUGGGACUUGGCACUCUCCUUUGCUACAGGGUUGAGUGGCUUCCCCAUCCCUCCCCACCAGCUGAAUACAUGCUCAGGAACAGCCUUGGCCCAGCUUUCUGUCACUGCCAGCUGGGACUUUAACCCUUGUCAGGGCUAGGAGCUGCUGAGGGAGGUGUGUGGAGCUGCACUGGAAAUUCAGGUGCAUGCAGUUCAGUACUUUUGGAAUUGUCCUUUCUACCACCACCCCAAAGCAACAAGGGGUUGGAAGAAACGAGUUGAGUCUCUCUCGGUCCUGCCUGCAAGCGUUUGGGUGACCUUGCUAGUCUGCCAGCCAGCAAGGCAGCAGUCCUCUCCUACUCCCCCUCUUCUCUGCCUGGGCAAGGAGGCUAACAGCCGCUCUCUUCCCUCUUCCCCCAGGACCCUUGUGCAGAGUCCCAGCCCGCAGCAGGAUGACUGAAGGCUUUGACUGCGCCAGCUGCAAGGAGUCCCUCUAUGGGCGCAAAUACAUUCAGGUGGACGAGGGGCCCUUCUGCAUCCCCUGCUAUGAUACCCACUUUGCCAACACCUGUGACGAGUGCAAGGAGCCCAUCGGGCACGACUGCAGGGUAAGGGGGCAAGGUGAGGGGAGGCCUCUGCUCAACUGACCCUGGGGGCGGUGGCUGCUCCUUGUCUUCCUGGUGCCUUUGGCCCAGGCAUGAGCUGGGAUCCUCCAAGCACAGGUGAUUUUUGCAGUGCCCCUCCUGCAUGUCAGGCACCAUUUGAAGUAACAACCAGCCUCCUGAAAGGGACCAGCUGUGAUACAAGGAAAGGACAGGCUAGGAAAGGAGGACCUUUUGCUCAGUGGAUAAUGAGAUGACUUGCCACCAGCCACCCCUGCUUGCUAGCCAGCAAGGUGAGCUGAACAAGACCUCCGUGGGGAAGGGAAAUGGCUCUCUUUGACUGCCAGGCAGCAUGGGAAAGGGGGGCCACCACCUCUGCCCUGCUUAGGAGCUUCCCAUUGGGGCAUCUUGAGAAGAGGCUGCUGGGGCAGGUAGACCCACUUUGGCCUGACUGCACCCCCAAAAUGGGAGGAAAUGGGCCCAUGCUUAGGGCUGCUUCUGUAUUUGCUCACCGGUGACCUUUGGGGAAUCAUAGACUUGGGAGGGACCCCAGGGCCCAUCUAGUCCAGCCCCCUAUGAUGCAGCAGCGCUUUGCUUCUUGGCCUCCUAGAGCCUCUUCCACAGAAAGAUAGGUAAGCGAGGGCUCCGAAUUCCUCCUCCUCAAAGGUGUGCGUUUGCCUCUUCCCUCCACCCCAGGAGCAUAGCGUAAGGGCGUUGUUUUCUCAGACAAGCCCCCUCCCACUGGCUCUCACUGCAAUUGCCCCCUGACCUCUCCUCUCCUCCGUUCCCAUCUCCAGGAGCUCUACUACGAGGACCGGCAUUACCACGAGGGCUGCUUCCGAUGCUUCCGGUGCGACCGCUCCCUAGCCGACGAGCCCUUCACCUGCCAGGGCCAGGAGCUGCUCUGCAACGACUGCUAUUGCCGGGAGUUCUCCUCCCAGUGUGUGGCCUGCCAGCAGGUGGUCAUGCCAGGUGGGCUGCUUUGCCCUUUCCCCCCCCCCGACCACGAGGGAGGGGGGCAAGGGGAGCUACCUCCGCAGCCGGGGUCACCACGGCUAGCAUGGGUUCCCUAGAAUCAUAGUGCUGUUGAUUUGGGAAGGACCCCCAAAGGACAUCCAAUCCAACCCCCUGCAAUGCCCCACCACAGGCUCCCGGAAGCUGGAGUACAAUGGCCAGACGUGGCACGAGCACUGCUUCCUCUGCAGCGGCUGCCAGCAGCCCAUCGGGGCUCGCUCCUUCAUCCCCGAGCAGAAGGACUACUACUGCGUCCCGUGCUACGAGAGCAAGUUCGCCCCCCGCUGCACCCACUGCAAGAAGGUGGGGCCCCGUCUGCUUUUUUAACUAGUGUGUGGGGGGAGGGGGACAGCUGGGCAGGGGGCCUCUCAGGCCCUGAAAGCUUGGGUUGGGUGGGUGGACAGGGGCUCUGUGCGUCUUACUCUUGUUCUUCCGCCUGUGUAGUCAGAGGCAGCAAUGCUUCUGGAUAUCAGUAGCUGGAAGGGAGAGUGCUGCUCUCAUGCUCAAAUUCUGCUUGUGGGUUUCCCACUGGAGCAGGGGCAGAUCUACUAUGAAACUAAUUAAGCUGAAGCUUCACUGCCCCUAAUCCCAGAGGGACCCCAGAAGCAAUUUAGUCCACAUUGCUUAACAAUUUUGGGUCUAGUAGACCCAACUGGAGUGGCACAAUGCAAAUUGGGGUGAGCUCCCAUUGCUUGGUCCCAGCUCCUGCCAACAUAGCAGUUCGAAAGAACAUCAAAGUGCAAGUAGAUAAAUAGGUACUGCUCAGGCAGGAAGGUAAACGGCGUUUCCGUGUGCUGCUCUGGUUCGCCAGAAGCAGCUUAGUCAUGCUGGCCACAUGACCCGGAAGCAGUCUGUGGACAAACGCCGGCUCCCUUGGCCAAGAAAGCGAGAUGAGCGCCACAACCCCAGAAUCGGUCAUGACAGGACCUAAUGGUCAGGGGUCCCUUUACCUUUACCUAUAUUUCAACAAUUCCAAAGUUUGACAGUCAGCAGCACAGACAUUGUAAAGGUGUCAGGACAACCCUAUUGAAGAAGCUAACAGUUGUGAUCCAAACCUCAUUGCUGGCUGCAUAGGAGCCCCCAUGACAGUUUCAGCUUCAAAAUGUAGUUGUUCUUUUUCUGCCAUUGCACUGGAGGCAUCCGAUUGGCCAGUGUGAGGGCAAGAUGCUGGACUGGAGGGGCAACCCUUGGCCCCAUCUAGCACCCAGACUCUUUUUCUGUUCUCCCGCUCAGUCGCUGACCAAGGGAGGCGUGACCUACCGGGACGAGCCCUGGCACAAGGAGUGCUUCGUCUGCACGAGCUGCCAGACCCCCCUGGCCGGGCAGCAGUUCACCUCUCAGGAAGACCAGCCCUACUGUGUCAAGUGCUUUGGGAGCCUCUACGCCAAGAAGUGCAGCGCCUGCACCAAGCCCAUCACAGGUGAGAUCGGGAGGUGGGCGGAGCCACGGAGGCCUCCUGCGGCCCCUGAGGGUGGGGGCCAGGGAGGGGUGCCCUGUUGCAAGUCCCAGCCCUGCCCACAUCCCAUUCUCCAUCCCCCUCUCUUUCUCCCCCCAGGCUUUGGAGGGGGCAAAUACGUCUCCUUUGAGGACCGCCACUGGCACCACAACUGCUUCAGCUGCUCCCGCUGUGCCGCCUCCCUCGUGGGCAAGGGCUUCAUCCCGGAGAAUGAGGAGAUCCUCUGCCGCGACUGCGCUAGCGACCUCUGAGGCCGGGCCUGGUGCCGGUUGUCUUCCAGGCUUCCUGCAUCCUGAAGCAGCAGCAACAGUGGGGCAGAGUGGGUGCUCCCUCCCUGCUCCCCUUUCCCUGCCUCUCUGUGGCUGGGCCUCAGGGGCUGGAUCCACAUGCCCCCAUAACUUUGUCCCCAGAGGUUGUGCUGCGAGGUGGGAGGCCGCUCCCUCCCUCCGUCCCCUGUCUCCUGCUGUUGCAGCCUAGCAAAGCCUGUCUAUGCAAGGCCAUCCCAGCAUGGGAUGCAGGGGGAAUGUAUGUCUGAAGCGGUUGCAGCCCCUCCCACCUCCCACCAACCCCUUCCCUGAGCCUCUAGGGAGGAGUCUCCAGUUUCUGGGGCUAGUAGCUCAAGCUCUCCCCCCCUGCCAAGAGUCCCACCUUCUCCCUGCUUUUGAAGUGAGGGAGGUGGAAGCAGAGGCUGGAGGGAGGGCACCACCCCACCUUCUCUUAGCAGCCUCUAAGGGAGGGUGCUGUGCCUCCCUGCCCCCCAGGGGUCCUGCCCCCCACCCAUCUUUCUCCCCCCAAGUGUUGUCUGCAGUGGUAGGAGGGGAGGGUGAGUGGACCCGGGAGCAAACUUGUCAAAACAGGCAAGGCUCCAGAAGUGGGUCUCCCUUGCAGGGUGGGCGCUGAGGGUGCUCAGGACCCUUUGGGUGGGCCUUGGCACUCUCUCCACCCACAGUGACUUUGUGGCCUGCUCAGCACCAGCUGCUCUGCCUAGCAGGAUCUCCAGAACGAUACCAAAGUGACCCCCCCAUCUUCUCCAGCUUCAGGAAGCCGCUUCCGGCUCCUAUUCUCUAUAUCCUAAACUUUUUUCCUGGCUCCUUCUCUCUCCCCUCUUCCAAGGAAUAUUUUGCCCCCAUCCUGUUCAUGUACUGUGUAGCCAGUUCCUUGGAUAUUUUGCAGUGGGGGAGUCAGUGUGUGUGUGUGUGUGUGUUUCUCUCUCUGCCUGUUGGAGGUGGUGGUGGGGGGACUCCUCCUAGCCUUGCCCAUAUCUGGCCAGUCUCUGCCCCGCCCCCCGCUUUCUGGCUUUAUAUAAUAAACCAUGUUACUGGACCAUG